AUGUUUGACCGAUUCAGCUUAUUCAAACGCAGUUCUAUUUACGAUCUUAAGAGAAUUGGAAAGAAAGAAGAAUGGUUAGAAAAGGCUGGUUAUUUGGUGCUGAAACACGAGGAAAAAGCAGGAGCAGCGGAAGUCGGAGUGGCUAUCGCUACCCUCAUAAUUGGCGGACCAUGCAAGAAACGACCCGGCUUGACGGAAGGCCAGAGACUGUGGCAAAAUCGGGGAGACAGAUUGGGAAGCGCCGAAACACUGCGCAAGUCACAGAGGGUGUGA